GAUUUGGGCUUUCCAAAACUUUACAUUCUACUCUAAACUCGAAAAGCACGUUGGAAGACUUCACGCAGUGGUAGAGGUGCGUCAUAGGAAAUCAUAAGAACCGAUCUGAAUCGCGAUGUUGAGAACUUUACAUCCUAUUCAGAAUUUUUUGAGUAUGCUGGAGGACUUCACGCAGUGGCAAAAGCACAUGAUGUACACACACAGUCUACAAAUCAUCAUUGAAUUUAUAUUAUCCUGCACACCCUCGCACCCCUCCGAUUCUCCCCCAGCCCUACUCGGCCGCCGGCAAAACCGGAGCAAAAUUACCCCUAAUCGCAUACCUCCGCUCACCCUCAUUCCAAACAACCCCGUAUCCCCUCUCAAUAACCUUCAGCAUGCCCUCCGCCCUCUGAACCACAAGCCCCAUCACCAUCGUCUUGAGCGGCUCGAAACCCAGCCGAGGCGGCCCAAACGCCGCCACCCACACCCGCGCUCUCUCGACCGUCCCCUCCACUCUCCACACCGCGUCGUCAAAUGCCACCGGAAACUAUGCCAUAUCCAACCUCAGUUAGCCUGCUGAAGGACCUCAUACAGUGGCAACCACACGUACAUUCAUCUGCUCAGCGAUCCCGCGCCGUGCGGAUCUCACCUUCAAGUCGCCGUGUAUGCCGCUGCAGGCGGAGGACCAGGGCGACAAGAUCGGGUUUGGACAGCCCGUUCAGCUCAGAGACGGAGUGCUCGGUAUCGGGCUCGCUCUCAUCGUCGUCAGUCGACGGCUUGG